UUGCAAAGCAAGAAUUUGUAGCUUUUGCUUUGAAGUUGAAACUGAAUGCUUGCUGAAGUACAUUACAACAAACCAAAUGCCUAAAGCUGUUUUGUUCAAAAGCCGAUCUUCUGUUUGGAAAAAUGUCCUGUGAUCCAUUUUUCCAAACAUCAAAUCAAUGAAGAACAUAAUCUGAGAUGUUUUUACUAAGCCCAAACACCAGGAUUUCUGAAGGAGGGCUGCCCAGGUCCCACAUAGAGCAUUUGGUAGUGAAAUAAAACGGCACUUUUCCUGAAAGUAUGGGGUGGUUGUGCUGCGCUUUCCCCGUCCACUCAGGAGAGAGGCGUGAGACAGACCAGCGGCCUGGCCCGGUCCCUCGAUCCCUCGUCCUCUGCAGGCCAACCAGGAGGAGCAGGAGCCCAAUCUGGCAGGGAGGAAAGGGUUGGCCGAUGGGGCAGCAAGUCAAUGACCCUCCAGUAUUGACUCACUCUAAGGCUCUGCAAGGGAGGAGCUGCAGGAAGCCGGGGCCCGGGAGAAAGCAGGCCUGCCAAGCCCUAUAGGCACACACAUCAGGGAACGAUGGGGCUGGUGGGGACCUGCUGCUCUCGCCUUGAAUAGCAGCAACAGCAGCAGCAGCAGCAGCUGGGAGCAGGAAAUGUGGACUUCAGAGUCCUGGUGGUCCAAGAUGGACUCUUCCUCAUGGCUGCUGGAGACCCCACCUGGUGACCCCCAAGUUGGAAUGCGAGGGCUUUAUCCAUGAAGAGCUGCAACCAGGGCAGUUGUGUGGUGGUGGGAAGGCUCGGGCUUCAGGAGCCAAUGGAAGGGAAUUUUUGCCAGGGAGCUUCUCCAGGCCUGGGGCUGCUGCCCCCCUGAGCUUGUCCUGUUGCCACAAGAGCUGUCCUCCCUUCUGCAGAAAGAUCGUCCAACAUCUGAGAGCCUUUGAUCUUCACCAGCUCUUUCAGCGUUUGUCUUUCCAGAGAGAUCCCACAAGGGAGGAAAGGAAGGAAUCCCCAUAGAUUGCUUUGGGAUCAGAAGGAGCCUUGCUUCCGGACGUUGCUCCACACAACAGCAGAAACAUGAACACGAAGCUCUUGAAGAUCGGGAUCCUGAUGGCGCUGCUCUCGGCUGUUGCAAUUGGUGUUGGGCUGUUCUUUGGCCUGCGCUCACAGCCACAAGAACACAUCUACGCAAAGGCAGCAGUGGCUACCGAUGCAGGCCCCUGUUCAGUCAUUGGGAGGGACAUCCUUCAGAAAGGGGGAUCCGCUGUGGAUGCUGCCAUUGCCAGUCUCCUGUGUAUGGGCCUGAUGAACCCCCACAGCAUGGGCAUUGGAGGAGGCCUUUUUUUCACCAUCCUCUCAACAGAGGGGAAAGUGGAAAUCAUUAAUGCCAGGGAAGUGGCACCCAAGAAUGCAUCCCGAGACAUGUUUGGCAACAACACUGCUGUGUCCCAGAAAGGUGGAUUGUCCAUUGCAGUUCCGGGAGAAAUCCGUGGCUAUGAAAUGGCCCACCGACGACAUGGCAAACUGCUUUGGAAGGAGCUGUUUCAGCCCAGCAUCCAGUUAGCCAGAGAAGGCUUCCCUGUUGGUAAAGGCCUGGCCAAAGCCCUGGAGUCCAGGAGCAGUGAAAUUGAAAGCAUCCCGUCCUUGUGUGAGGUCUUCUGCAAAAGCGGGAAGGUGCUGCAGGAGAAGCAACUCCUCCGCCUGCCCAAACUGGCCAGCACCUACGAGACCAUCGCCAACCAGGGCGCGGAUGCCUUCUACACUGGCAACCUGGCACAGCAGAUGGUGGCUGAGAUCCAAAAUGCAGGCGGGAUCCUUACCAUGGAGGACCUGAGGGAUUACCGACCAACCCUGGAAGAAAAUCCUUUAAAACUGCAACUUGGCCAAUUCAGCAUGUAUGUGCCCAGUGCUCCUUUAAGUGGUCCUGUGCUGGCCCUGAUCCUCAACAUCCUGAAAGGCUUCCGGUUCUCUAAGAACAGCACCCAGACUCCGGAAGAGAAAGGCUGGAUGUACCAUCGCAUCUUGGAAGCUUUCCGCUUUGCCUACGCCAAGAGGAGUUUACUUGGGGACCCUGCGUUUGUCAACCUCACAGAGGUGAUCAGAAACAUGACAUCAGAGUCCUUUGCCAACAGCCUGCGGGUCAAAAUCACCAACACUACCCAUAACAUCAGCUAUUAUGAACCAGAUUACUACACUCCGGAGCCUGCUGGGACAUCCCAUGUCUCGGUCGUAGCUGAGGAUGGCAGUGCGGUCUCGGCCACCAGCACCAUCAACCACUACUUUGGCUCCGACCUCCGUUCCCCUGUGAAUGGCAUCAUCUUCAACAACGAGAUGGAUGACUUCAGCUCCCCCCACAUAGUGAAUGGCUUCGGGGUCCCCCCUUCGGUGGCCAACUUCAUCGCCCCAGGUAAACAACCUUUCUCAUCCAUGUGUCCGACUAUCCUGGUGGAUGAGAAGAACAAAGUCAGGAUGGUGGUCGGUGCUUCUGGAGGGACAAAAAUCACAACAGCAACAGCCCUGACCAUCAUCAAUGCCCUGUGGCUUGGCUAUGAUGUUAAGGCUGCUGUGGAGGAGCCGCGAGUUCAUAACCAGUUGUUCCCCCCGGCUACACUUCUGGAGAAAGAUGUGGAAAAGGAAAUUGAAGAAGACCUGGUGAAAAGGAAACACGAAGUCAAGAGGACCAAUGAAGGUGCUGUGGUACAGGCCAUUCUCUGGACUGAAAAUGGUUGGGCUGCAGCCUCCGAUUCCCGGAAAGGGGGCUUUCCAGCAGGAUACUGAGCUGGCCAGCUACACAUUAUUCAGAAGGUCCACGUUUGACUGGCUCACCACUUUCUACAGAUCUCUGGAGCAAGUGAUUCUGUCUCUCACCAAUGUGGGGUGUGUGGUAGAUUUAUAAUGAACUUGGAUAAUGAGAUGACCAUGGGACCAUUGUACACUGCUUCAUUGACAAACACUAUAGAUGUAGAGAUAUGGGGGGAAGGGGAAUCCAGCUGUUGGCAUCAGCUUGUCCUUGGCAUUACUUAAGGAUCCACAGUUCAUUGCUUCCUUGGUAGAUCACCUGCUGAAUGCAGGAAUUGCUAUCCAGGCUUCCUGGAGAAAGCCAGACAACCCAAAGUGGCUUUUGUAGCUUGGCGUCUCUGGCAGCAGAAAAGGCAUCCUGGUUGCUUCCACUGGCCCCUCCCAAAUGGGCCAGCAGGUGGUGCUCUACACCCAGCAGAAGAGGAGUAAUGAAUUCCCCUCCCUCCAAAUGUCACUGUUGGGUGGGGUGAGAAGCAGAUGCUCUCCACGUGGGCUGUCAGCAAACACCUGUUUUGUCCAGGUGCAAGGAAACCUGAUAACGGGGCCACUUUCUGAUCCUGGUUCAGAAGACAAACGGAGGAAUGUGAGAAGACUUGGGUCUUGGGAGAGAGACAGACCUCUCUGUCCCCUUUGCCAGCCAUGCCCCCUUCGGCUGCCCCAGCUACUGUUGGGGCUGAUCCACCCUCCCCCAAGCCAGAGUGGGCUGGAAGGCAGCUCCCAGAGAGGGGAGGGCUGCACUCUAGAGGGCCAGGCUGUUCCCAGUGCCAGGCAUCACCCACCCACAGCAGAAGCCAAAGGGUUAGUGCCAACCAAAUUGGAGCCAGGGUCAAAAAGAAAAUUACUUCAAAAUAGCUACAUAUAACAAGGGUAUUUCUAAUAUUUUCAUUCCUUUCUCAAGUCUCAUGCCCCAGAUAUAACCAAAUGAUUACUUCCCAUCAUUGAGAAAACUACUUAUUCAUUCAGCCUAAAACUGCAUGUCCUUUUUGUAUAGAUUCUAGUCAAGCUUCAACAUGUUUUUGGCAAGUCUGUGGCCAACUAGGUAUUUCCCCGUUCUAUGCUGGGCAUCUGAUGGAUCAUUUUCUAAGUAAGGGACUUUCUGGCUGUUGCAUUUCAUCUAUUUCUCUGUAUAAUUUUAAAUUUUGUUUCUUUCAAAGGG